AUGGCAAAUGCACGAGCAAUUGAACUUUGGAAUGAUUUAUCAGACGAUUUUGGUCAAUUAUUGGAAAGUGGUGAAGGAUGUGAUGUAAUAAUUUACGCGGGUGAAGAACCAAUUGUAAAAGAACUUCGUGCCCAUUCGCUUAUUCUACAAUCACAAAAAGGGGAAUGGCUUCGUCAAGAUCCUGUACAAAUACUCGAACUCGUAUUUCAAAACCACGCGUGCAAAAGUCUUCGGGAUUAUUGUUUAUCAGCCAUAUGUGAAAAUCCUGGUCUAGUUUUUGAUUCGUCGAACUUUCUACAAAUCGACGAAUCAGUUUUAAUAUUACUUUUGCGACGUGAUGAUUUAGCAAUGAAAGAGAUAGAAGUUUGGGAACAUUUACGAAAUUGGGGAAUGGCGCAGAAUCCCUUAUUGAAAUAUGAUGUAGAACAAUGGUUAGCAAAAGAUUUCGCCACUUUGGAAGCCACAUUACAUCAAUGUAUCCCGUUGGUUAGAUGGUUUCAAAUUCAACCAUUUGAAUUCUCGAGAAAAGUUAGACCUUUUAAGAAAAUUUUACCUGAAGGCUUAUACGAAGAUAUUCUAACACAUCAUCUUGAUCCUGAAACAGAAUUGGAGUCAACAGUUUUACCUGCUAGAGUUAGUCCAAAAAAAUCUUUGGAGAAAUUGGAAGAGACAUGCAAUCCGCAAGCCCCAGAUGAUGAUAAGUCUGAACGAACAAUACGUCGCGCAAAAACGAAUCCACCAAAAAAGAGAUCAAAUAAUGACAAUAUCGGUAAAGACGAUGAAAAAGUAUCGGAAAAAGCCAAUUCCUAA